GGUAUAUUAGCAGCAUGUUCAGCAUUUUUAUUAUUUUCAAUGUUACAGAUGAGAGAUGGUUUAUUUAUUAGACCACAUCCAGCAUUUUGGAGAGUUGUUAUGGGCCUUGGUGUUUUAUAUUUAUGUGCAUUAGUUUUUCUUUUAUUCCAAUCAGCAGAUGAUGCUCGUUUAAUUAUGAAGCAUUUGGAUCCAAAGCUUGGUGUACCAUUGCCAGAAAGAUCAUACGCCGAAAAUUGUGAUCUUUAUACUCCAGACAAUCCAGAAUCAUACUUUAAAAACUUCAAAGAUACAGUUAACGACGAAUUUAUUUGGGCUCAUUUCUUUGGUUGGUGGGGCAAAACUUUACUUUUAAGAGAUUAUAGAUUAUGUUGGGUUUUAAGUAUUUCAUUCGAAAUUUUAGAAUUAACUUUUGCACAUUUACUCCCAAAUUUCCAUGAAUGUUGGUGGGAUCAUAUUAUUUUAGAUAUUUUAGUUUGUAAUGCAUUAGGUAUUGUUAUGGGUUUAUUAACAAUUAGAUAUUUACACAUGAAAGAAUACAAUUGGGCAGGUGUCGAUUCUCAACAAACUAAAGUUGAGGAUAAAAAGAAACCAUCAUGGUAUAAUCCAAUGACUUUACUUAAACAAUUUACUCCACAAACUUUAGAUACCUAUAAUUGGGGAAUUUUAUCAUCAUGGAAGAGAUUCUUGGUUGUAAUUUUAUUAAUCGUUUUAAUUUCAAUUGUCGAACUUAACGCCUUCUUCCUCAAAACUCUUUUAUGGAUUCCACCACCAAAUCCAUUAAAUAUUUAUAGAUUAUUAUUAUGGUGUUUAAUUGGUACCCCAGGUCUUCGUGAAUAUUAUCAAUUUGCAACCGAUACAAAAACCAAAAAAUUAGGUACAAUGGCAUGGAUUUGUAUUGCAAAUGUAUUUAUUGAAGUUUUAAUUUGUAUUAAAUAUGGUGGUGCUAUGUUUUGGCAAAUUCCAACUCCACCAGAAGUUAAAUAUCCAUGGAUUAUUGGAACUACCAUUUUCACUGUUUCAUCAGUUUUCUAUUUUGCAAUUUAUAAAAAUUAUAUUAAUCCACAAAAAGUUAAAAAUAAUUAA